CCAGGAAAAUCUGACAUAAAUCCAACGGUUGAGAUCUAGUCUUCCACAAGUUGCUCCACCUAUAUAACUACCCUUUCGUACAUUCCCUUCUUCCUCGCUCGCUUGCAUUCUUCUUCUCCACAAACACAUCACACAAUCACAAACUUGGUUUUUCCCCUCUUACACAACAAUGUCGACGGAGAAAGAGAGAGAGACUCAGGUUUACAUGGCCAAGCUUGCUGAGCAAGCAGAGAGAUAUGAAGAAAUGGUUGAGUGCAUGAAGACCGUAGCGAAACUUGAUGUUGAACUAACUGUGGAAGAGAGGAAUCUCCUCUCAGUGGGAUAUAAAAAUGUCAUUGGUGCACGGAGAGCUUCUUGGAGAAUUAUGUCUUCAAUUGAACAGAAAGAAGAGGGUAAGGGAAAUGAGAACAAUGUGAAACUGAUCAAGAGUUAUUGCCAAAAGGUUGAGGAGGAACUGUCCAAAAUUUGCAGCGACAUUCUCACAAUUAUUGACCAACAUCUCAUUCCUUCUUCCACCACAGGAGAAGCUACUGUUUUCUACUAUAAGAUGAAAGGUGACUAUUAUCGAUAUCUUGCUGAGUUUAAGAGCGAACAAGAUAGGAAGGAGGCAGCUGAGCAGUCACUGAAGGCAUAUGAGGCUGCUUCCGCAUCUGCAAGCACGGAUCUUCCAUCAACACAUCCAAUCCGUCUUGGACUUGCACUCAACUUCUCUGUUUUCUACUAUGAGAUACUGAACUCUCCUGAAAGGGCCUGUCAUUUGGCUAAACAAGCUUUCGACGAGGCAAUUGCGGAUUUAGAUACCUUGAGUGAAGAGUCAUACAAGGACAGUACUUUGAUCAUGCAAUUGUUGAGAGACAACCUUACACUUUGGACCUCCGAUUUACCUGAGGAUGGAGGUGAAGAAGUCAAAACAGAAGAAGCCAAACCUGUUGAACCAGAGCACUGAAAUAGCACGCUGACCCUGGACGCUGUAGUGAGGCAUCUAAUAGCCCGGCUGCAAAGAGAGCAUUUUUCAGCUUAUCUUGCAGCUCACUUUGAACCGGACUUCAUAGUUACUGUGUUCAUCUUUGAUGUGUCGCUCUUUAUUUCUCUCUUAUGAUUACCGAAGCUUUUCUUUCUACUGUUUUUAUAUAUUUGAAGUAAAGUGUUAAAUUGAAGUAAUGAAUGGUUUACAUAUAGCUAAAUGCAUCUCUAUUAUGAAUGCAGAGCAGUGUACUUCGAAUUGUAGUUAAGGCAACAGUAUUAUUGAUUUUGUUAUUAUUUUGUCGAUGUAUGCAAGUGCAAUCACUCCCCAACCGAAGUU